GGGCCGGCCUUGCCGCCGCUGGUGCUGCUCUUGAAGGAGGAGAGGCGGGCGAGCAGGAUGGUGCGCCAGGCGCGGCUCUGAACGAUGGAAGGCGUCCUGUACAAGUGGACGAAUUACCUGACAGGUUGGAAGCCUCGCUGGUUUGUUCUGGAUAACGGGAUAUUGUCCUAUUACGAUUCACAGGAUGAUGUUGGUAAAGGCAGCAAAGGAAGUAUAAAAAUGGCCGUUUGUGAAAUCAAAGUUCAUCCUACAGAUAGCACCAGAAUGGAGCUAAUAAUUCCAGGAGAACAACAUUUUUACAUGAAAGCUGUUAACGCUGCUGAGCGACAAAGGUGGCUAGUAGCCCUUGGGAGCUCCAAAGCUUGCCUGACAGAUGCCAGAACUAAAAAAGAAAAAGAAAUAAAUGAAACCAACGAAUCUCUAAAAACCAAAAUGUCUGAACUGCGUCUCUAUUGUGACCUCUUGAUGCAGCAGGUCCAUACAAUACAAGAAUAUGUUCAUCAUGAUGAGAAUCAUUCCUCACCUAGCAUUGAGAAUAUGAAUGAAGCUUCUUCCUUGCUCAGUGCCACCUGUGACACGUUUAUCACAACACUUGAAGAAUGUGUGAAAAUUGCAAAUGCCAAAUUUAAGCCAGAGAUGUUUCCGUUGCCUCAUCCUGAUCCUUUAGUUUCUCCUGUGUCUCCUUCACCUGUGCAAAUGAUGAAACGUUCUGUUAGCCAUCCUGGAACUUGUACCCUUGAGAGGAGUAGUCGCUUUGGAAAAGAACCAAAUGUAUCUUCCCAUCAGCUUUCCCACCGGUGGAGAAGAACAGUCUCAGAUACAGAACCUUCCAUAGAUGUUCCCUUUGAAGAUACAGACAGACUAGCAACAUUCAAUUCUAGAGGAGCCCUCAAUGGAGGUUUGGCACCACCAGCUGUUCCUGAAGCAAAGCUGUUGCUGUCUCAGAAAGCCAGAGUAGCCGAAGAGACUCUUUCUGAGCCAAGCUCCUGAGGAAAGA